AUUUUUAUUAUUCAUUGUUUAAAAUUUGCCGCCCCCUAAAAAGUGCCGCCCGGUGCGGGCCGCCCCUGCCGCCCCCACUACGCUACGCCACUGCCUCUGGUGACAUGGUUGUCCAAUGUCCAUAGUCAGCGCUAAUUCUUCCUUCUGAUUUAUUUCGUUACGGAAUCCAAGACAGUCAUCAUUUCCCUGCGACGCGCCGGACUUCAAUGUUCCGGUGUUUUCAUGGUUGUAUCUACUGUAGAUUCUGGCUUACAGGAGUUGCAGCGGUAUGGGAGGCUGUGGCGGGCUUGUCCCAUUAAAAAAAAGUCGGCGCUAAUUCUGGUGUACGGUCUUUCCAUCCCAUAAAAAAAAAAUACUAUGGAAUGUCAUCUUGAAGUCAGAAACAGUCAUUUGUUUUUAUUUGGUAUUACUCAGUAGUUUUAUAGGUUUCUAAUAUUACAUUUUAAUAUAAUUUCUAUACUCUUUUAUGACGGAAUAUUUUUAUGUGAAAAUAGUUGUUUUAUAGGAAAUAAAGUUGUUUUGGUAGCAAUGUGUUUACCAGUAUUUGCUGUACACCAAUGAAGAGUGAACGGUGUGAGCAUUGAAAUUCCUUACAAAAAUUAUGGUGGGUGACCCCACCAGUCCAACAACCUUCAACCGAGUCCAGACGAAGUUAUUUCUUAUUUUGGCACUGGCUGGAUAUGUUUUUGCCAAGAAUGAACAUUAUAUUGGAUGGAAAUCCUACUUCGUGGGACCUCCAAUUAAAGAACAUGUUAAAACCUUAGUUAUACUUGGAGAAAAAAUGGAUUUGGACUACUUAAGUCCACCACAUCCUGAAAGGGAGGCUAUAGUCUUGGUACCGCCAAGAAAGCAACUGGAAUUCAUUAAAACAUUGAAAAAUUUUACCAUAAAAUACAGGAGCCAUGCUGAAAACGUCAAAGCAACCCUUGACCGUGAUGAUGAAAGAAUUAGAAAUUGGACAAAUAUAAUAAGUAGAAAUGGUGGUGCGGUGACGCCAUACAACAGCUACCUCUGUUUGGAUGCGAUCUACGGCUACAUGCACCACAUCUCAAUGAGACACAAAAAAACGGUAACCAUGGUGACAGCGGGCCAUUCUUUCGAAGGUCGUCCGCUCAAGUACUUGAAGAUAUCCACCACGAAUUUCCAUAAAAAGUCCAAAAAUAUUAUCUUCGUCGACGCUGCUAUUCAUGCAAGAGAGUGGAUAGCGCCACCAGUCGUCACUUGGAUCAUCCAUAAGUUGACUGACGAUGUCACUGAACCUAAUAUGCUCAAUGACUUUGAUUGGAUCCUCAUGCCCGUUGUCAACCCUGAUGGCUACGAGUUUAGUUUUUCCGAAAAACGUCUCUGGCGCAAAACCCGGUCAACUAACACCGACCCUCAAAGCUUCAGAUGUCCUGGCGUCGACGGGAAUCGAAACUUCGACUUCGCUUGGGGUGCAACUGGCUCCAGUAGUAACCCUUGCUCCGACACUUACCGUGGAAAUAGAGCCUUCUCAGAAGUUGAAACCAGAACCGUCCGUGACAUAUUAAACACUUAUUCUUACCGCAUAUAUAUGUACAUUUCAAUGCAUAGUUUUGGUAGCAUGAUUUUAUACCCUUGGGGCCACAAUUCUUCUGACUCUAAAUACAGCUUCAAUCUUCAUUUAGCCAGCAGUGCUAUGGUCAAAGCCAUCCGAAACGCGUCCCUACCACAUUUUCCUGACUAUGUCAAUGGUAAUUCUGGAAAAACUAUGUUCUAUACGGCUGGAGGCGCUGCGGAUGAUUAUGCUCAUAAUUUGGGGAUCCCGUAUUCAUACACCUUCGAGUUGCCAGGACUAUCAGGUGGUAUGCACGGCUUUGAACUGCAUCCCAUGCAUAUUAAACAAGUGUGCAAAGAAACUUGGAUCGGAUUAGUAGCAGGCAUCACAAAAGCUACAAAAUUAACAGAGAAGGAUCGUAGUUAGUUGGCUUUUGAAUUAGUAUUUGUAAAUAAAGUAGUUUUUAUGAAUGUUUAUAAAUCUAUUUUAGUUGUAGUGCCUAUGAUAUGUUGUUAUCUAAUUUGUGUUUUUUAUUUGUGUUUUUAUUUAUUCUAUCCUUUUAUCUCUAAUUAUAUUGUUAGAUAAAUUCUA